AAACCCCCCGUCUUUUUAUAUUUCAACCCUAGAUAAUUUUUCAUCCCCGAAACCCUAACUUUCUCGCUAAUUUUCAUUUUCCCGAGAAAAUUUCUUGUACUGUGGUUUUAUUUGGGAGUCCACGUCGUUUUGAUUUCUAAAGUAGACCGUAGAUCGACCCCCGGCGUGGUACUUUUUGUUUUGGGGAAAAUUCGAGAACCUGUGGGUUUGUUUGUUGGGGAUUGGGGAUGGGGAAGGUUUGCCGGGAGGGUGGGAAGCCGUCGUCAUCGUCGCCGCUGGUGACGACGUCGACGUCGAUCACCGAGACGGUGAACGGCUCGCACCAGUUCAAGAUCACGGGGUAUUCGUUGUCGAAGGGGUUGGGGAUUGGGAAGUACAUAGCGUCGGAUACGUUCGUGGUGGGAGGUUACGCGUGGGCGAUCUACUUCUACCCGGACGGCAAAAGCGUGGAGGACAAUGCGGCGUAUGUGUCGCUGUUCAUCGCGUUGGCGAGCGAGGGCACGGAUGUGAGGGCGCUUUUUGAGCUCACACUAUUGGACCAGAGUGGGAAGGAGAGGCACAAGGUGCAUAGCCAUUUUGGAAGGCCGUUGGAGAGCGGCCCCUACACUCUUAAAUACCGAGGAAGCAUGUGGGGUUACAAGCGAUUUUUCAAAAGAACUGCUCUAGAGACAUCAGACUACCUUAAAGAUGAUUGCCUCUCAGUUCACUGCAGUGUUGGACUUGUUAGGUCACAUACAGAGGGGCCUAAGAUAUACUCUAUUGCAGUACCACCUUGUAACAUUGGUCAGCAUUUUGGGCAGCUAUUGGAAAGUGGAAAGGGAACUGAUGUAAACUUUGAAGUAGAUGGGGAAACUUUUUCUGCUCACAAGCUGGUACUUGCAGCUCGCUCACCUGUAUUCAGGGCCCAACUUUUUGGGCCAAUGAAGGAUCAGAAUACUCAGUGUAUUAAAGUUGAGGACAUGGAGGCUCCAGUUUUUAAGGCUCUACUUCACUUUAUAUACUGGGAUUCAUUACCUGACAUGGAAGAGCUUACUGGCUUAAACUCGAAAUGGGCUUCUACUUUGAUGGCUCAGCAUCUGCUCGCUGCAGCAGAUCGGUAUGGUCUAGAUAGGCUCAGGCUGCUAUGCGAGUCUAAUCUCUGUGAGGAUGUUGCCAUAAACACUGUGGCAACUACAUUAGCCUUGGCAGAGCAGCACCACUGUUUCCAGCUGAAAGCUGUGUGUCUCAAAUUUGUUGCAAUGCCUGAAAAUCUGAGAGCUGUGAUGCAAACAGAUGGCUUUGAAUACUUGAAGGAAAGUUGUCCCUCUGUUCUGACGGAGCUCUUGGAGUACGUGGCUCGAGUUAGCGAACACUCUGUCAUUGUGUGCAGGCAUGGGAAUGAAGCUAUCCUUGAUGGGAGCGACAUCAAUGGAAGGCGGGUGAAGCAGCGGCUAUAGUGAAAGCAGCCUCCAUACAUUUUGUUUGUAGCAAAAACAACAAAAGGGAGAGGAAAAAAAAAAAGAAGAAGAAAGACAAAAAGGAAAAAGAAAAAAAAAGAAUGUUUUUCUAGGGUUAGAAACAUUUUUCCAGUUGUUAGCCUUCUUAAUUUGCAAGAGAUGUAAAUUUGGUGGUUAAUUCGGUGUCAGUGGGGGGUUGAUGUUGUUUGUUGUUGUGGUGUUCCUCCUGUAAUGUCAAGUUUCUUUUCCAAAAUGUCGCAGUUGGUCCUUUCUGUGUGCAUGGUGGUUUUGCAUGAAUGGUAGAUACAUAUAUAUAUUCUGCAUCAACAGCCAGAUGUAAGAGACCAUGCCCAUGUAUUUUGCUAUUUUCAUCCUUUCUUUCCCUUUUCUCACAA